UAUCCGGGGCCUUGGCGCUUCUCUUUCCUUUCGCGCCGGUUGCUGCUGCGGAGCGCGGCGGGUCCAUGUGCGCAGUGAGCGGCGCUUUUCCUGGCCCAGUAGCACCCGAGCCUCGGGUUUGACCGAGUCCACGCUGCGAUGGACCCCAAUACCAUUAUCGAGGCCCUGCGGGGCACCAUGGAUCCAGCAUUGCGUGAGGCCGCGGAGCGCCAGCUCAAUGAAGCACACAAGUCUCUGAAUUUUGUUUCAACACUGCUUCAGAUUACUAUGUCGGAACAACUGGAUUUACCUGUGAGACAGGCAGGUGUUAUCUAUUUGAAAAAUAUGAUAACACAGUAUUGGCCCGAUCGGGAAACAGCACCAGGGGAUAUAUCCCCUUAUACUAUUCCUGAAGAAGAUCGACAUUGUAUUCGAGAAAAUAUUGUAGAAGCCAUUAUCCACUCUCCUGAACUUAUCAGGGUACAACUUACUACUUGCAUUCAUCAUAUCAUCAAACAUGAUUAUCCAAGCCGCUGGACUGCUAUUGUGGACAAAAUUGGCUUUUAUCUUCAGUCUGAUAACAGUGCUUGUUGGCUAGGAAUUCUUCUUUGCCUUUAUCAGCUUGUGAAAAAUUAUGAGUACAAGAAACCAGAAGAACGGAAUCCCUUGGUAGCAGCAAUGCAGCAUUUCCUGCCAGUUCUAAAGGACCGUUUUAUCCAGCUUCUUUCUGAUCAGUCUGAUCAAUCUGUCCUCAUUCAGAAACAAAUUUUCAAGAUCUUCUAUGCUCUUGUUCAGUAUACACUACCACUGGAGCUGAUAAACCAACAGAACCUGACAGAAUGGAUAGAAAUUUUAAAAACUGUUGUGAACAGGGAUGUACCUAAUGAAACACUUCAAGUUGAAGAAGAUGAUAGACCUGAGUUACCGUGGUGGAAAUGUAAGAAGUGGGCUUUACAUAUCUUAGCAAGGCUUUUUGAAAGAUACGGAAGCCCUGGCAAUGUAUCCAAGGAGUAUAACGAAUUUGCCGAAGUAUUUCUGAAGGCCUUUGCUGUUGGUGUCCAGCAAGUUUUAUUGAAGGUGUUGUAUCAGUACAAGGAAAAGCAGUAUAUGGCUCCUCGAGUUUUACAACAGACAUUAAAUUAUAUUAAUCAAGGAGUUUCUCAUGCCCUCACCUGGAAGAAUCUGAAGCCUCAUAUACAAGGCAUUAUCCAAGAUGUUAUUUUUCCAUUGAUGUGCUAUACAGAUGCUGAUGAGGAACUUUGGCAGGAAGACCCUUAUGAAUAUAUACGCAUGAAGUUUGAUGUGUUUGAAGAUUUCAUUUCUCCUACCACUGCUGCCCAGACACUUUUGUUUACAGCCUGUAGUAAGAGGAAAGAGGUACUACAAAAGACUAUGGGAUUCUGCUACCAGAUUCUUACUGAACCAAAUGCCGAUCCUCGAAAAAAAGAUGGAGCCCUGCAUAUGAUUGGCUCUUUAGCCGAAAUACUUCUGAAGAAAAAGAUCUACAAAGAUCAGAUGGAAUACAUGUUGCAGAAUCAUGUAUUCCCUCUCUUCAGCAGUGAACUAGGCUACAUGAGAGCAAGGGCUUGCUGGGUCCUUCAUUAUUUUUGUGAAGUGAAGUUCAAAAGUGACCAGAACCUGCAAACAGCUUUAGAGCUGACACGAAGAUGUCUGAUUGAUGAUAGGGAAAUGCCUGUGAAGGUGGAAGCUGCCAUUGCACUUCAAGUGUUGAUCAGCAAUCAAGAAAAAGCUAAAGAAUACAUCACACCAUUCAUCAGACCUGUAAUGCAGGCUCUUCUUCAUAUUAUAAGAGAAACAGAAAAUGAUGAUCUUACCAAUGUAAUUCAGAAAAUGAUCUGCGAGUAUAGUGAAGAAGUUACUCCUAUUGCAGUAGAAAUGACACAACAUUUGGCAAUGACAUUUAAUCAAGUAAUCCAGACUGGGCCAGAUGAAGAAGGAAGUGAUGACAAAGCAGUUACUGCUAUGGGAAUCCUGAAUACCAUCGACACACUUCUUAGUGUAGUUGAAGAUCAUAAAGAGAUAACCCAGCAGCUUGAGGGAAUCUGCUUACAGGUCAUUGGAACUGUUUUACAACAGCAUGUCUUAGAAUUCUAUGAGGAGAUCUUCUCUUUAGCACAUAGUUUGACAUGUCAGCAGGUGUCUCCGCAGAUGUGGCAGCUACUACCUCUGGUAUUUGAAGUUUUUCAGCAAGAUGGCUUUGAUUACUUCACAGAUAUGAUGCCUCUGCUCCAUAAUUAUGUAACAGUUGAUACAGACACACUUCUGUCUGAUACCAAGUAUCUUGAAAUGAUAUACAGUAUGUGCAAAAAGGUUCUUACAGGAGUUGCAGGAGAAGAUGCAGAGUGCCAUGCAGCAAAAUUGUUAGAGGUCAUCAUUCUACAGUGCAAAGGGCGUGGCAUUGAUCAGUGCAUUCCCUUAUUUGUGGAAGCAGCUUUAGAGAGACUGACAAGAGAAGUGAAGACAAGUGAACUUCGAACAAUGUGCCUGCAAGUUGCCAUUGCAGCUUUGUAUUAUAAUCCACACCUGCUUCUCAAUACCUUAGAAAAUCUUCGCUUCCCUAAUAAUGUUGAACCAGUUACAAAUCAUUUUAUUACACAGUGGCUUAAUGAUGUUGAUUGUUUCUUGGGGCUUCAUGACAGAAAGAUGUGUGUUCUGGGCCUGUGUGCUCUUAUUGAUAUGGAACAAAUACCACAAGUUUUAAAUCAGGUUUCUGGACAGAUUUUGCCAGCUUUUAUCCUUUUAUUUAAUGGAUUAAAAAGAGCUUAUGCCUGCCAUGCAGAACAUGAGAAUGACAGUGACGAUGAUGAUGAAGCUGAAGAUGAUGAUGAAACGGAGGAAUUGGGGAGUGAUGAAGAUGACAUUGAUGAAGAUGGGCAGGAAUAUUUGGAGAUACUGGCUAAGCAAGCAGGUGAAGAUGGAGACGAUGAAGACUGGGAAGAAGAUGAUGCUGAGGAGACUGCCCUGGAAGGCUAUUCUACAAUCAUUGAUGAUGAAGAUAAUCCUGUUGAUGAGUAUCAGAUAUUUAAAGCUAUAUUUCAAACUAUACAAAGUCGUAAUCCUGUGUGGUAUCAGGCUCUGACUCAUGGUCUUAAUGAAGAACAAAGGAAACAGUUACAGGAUAUAGCAACUCUGGCUGAUCAAAGAAGAGCAGCCCAUGAAUCCAAAAUGAUAGAAAAGCAUGGAGGAUACAAAUUCAGUGCUCCAGUUGUGCCAAGUUCUUUCAAUUUUGGAGGCCCGGCACCAGGGAUGAAUUGAGUUAUCACUUUCUUUCCUGCUGUGUGAUUGUAGUGAAGAGCUUGUGUUCCUCCUAGUAGCGGUUCCAGAACUGGUUCAUGUUAUCUACUCUAAUUGAUCAAUAGAUGGACAAAAAAAACCCAGAAGGUGGGACCUGAUCAUGCAACUUGGCACUGAAAAAGAAACCAGAGGGAUUGGGGGAGGGGAGGUACUUGGGGGGUAUUUUCUUUAUUUUUCGAAGAAAGUAAGAUUCUGAGUGAAAGUUCAAGUGACACUGUGGAAACUGAAACAAGAGGGGAUGUCAUGAAGGCAGCUUUUCUUUUUCUGAGGAAAAAAUAGGCAUGGGCUACAGGACUAUUUAAAACGUCUCAUUUACAGUAUAAGCUCAAAGGUAGAUGUUAUUUUUACACCUAUGAGUAUUUGUCCGAUUUCUGUCUCUUCCUCACCAUUGGGUAUCUAUCCUUUAUAUGUAAAUAAGAUAAGGUAAUCGAUAGCCUUAUUCAGUCUUCAUCAUUUUCAUUCAUCAAAGAUUGUUCCUAUGUAGAUUAUUGGACAUUUAUUGUAGCACUACAUAACUGAUUAAAAAAAAAUCUGUAAAUGAAUUAGCACUUUCAUAUUGAAACAAGCCUGCUAGCCUAUGUAUAAAAUAGCAAAAUGUUUGCUGUUUAUAAAAAGAAGGGAUGUAAUGGGGUGGGGGGCAGGGGUAAUUUCAAGUUAUUAAUUUAAAAAUGAACUAGCAAUUUUGUACCUGAUGACUUUGUGGUGCACUCACCUCUGACAGUGACUUGAAUUCGGUAUGUUAAAAGGGGUUAGUGAUAACUUCAUUGCUGCUAAAAAAUGGCAACUCCCUCUGUGUCUUGCUUUUUCUUAAAGCUCUCAGUGUACAAGUGGAUAUUUGGAUACGAGACUUUACUGUAACAAAUAAGAAAGGUGAUAUUUGAAGCAUGUAAAUUGGAUAUAAAGUUCUACUCUUAAAGAGUUGAUCAAAGAGUAUGGCUAAACAUCUAUAUAUGCAAUCUAUUAAAAGAACUUAAUUCGGCUAUUA